AUGGACUUAAAUUUAGAGUCUUUAGAUAUAGAGGAUGAAUGUUCUGUAUUCUCUGUUGAUUCUAAGGUACCAUUAUUACUGGAUGAUGAAUACUUUAACGAUACUUCACCACAGGAGGAAAUUGAAGAGCUUAAUAAUGAUACAUCUCGCAUUUAUGAGCGACAAAUUGAUCGUUCGAGUAGAAUUAACAUUAUUGGAAGACAAGGUAUUUCAGGUUCUAGUUGGGCGGCUUAUGUAAACGUCACUUGUUUAAUUGCGGGAACAGGAAUUUUUGGGCUGCCAUAUGCCAUCAAACAAGGAGGUUGGGUUGGAAUUACGUUAAUAGCAUUGCUCAUGCUAAUGACUCAAUACACUAGUAUAAUCUUAAUCAAAUGUCUUUACUAUGAUGGUAAAACUCGAUUAAAUUCUUAUGCGGAUAUUGGUUACCAUGCUUACGGAAAUAUUGGAAAAUAUUUAUUGGUUGGAAUAUUCAAUAACGCAAUCUUGAUAGGAAUUCCGAUAUUCUUGUUGCUUAUUGCAGGAAAAAAUCUUGACAAUUUAGUAACAGUGCAUUUUGAAACACACUUAGGAAUUCGUGUAUGGAUAUGCAUAGCUGCAGCAUUGAUUUCCAUACCAUUUAUAUUAAUGAAAUCAUUGAAAGACGUGUUUUUCCUAAGCAUAUUUGGCGCUCUUUCGACUUUAUUUUCUGUUAUUGCAGUCGCCGCAUUGUCAUGUAGAGACUUUACUGAGUCCCUAAAUUAUAAUGAUACUAGUUCGCAUAAUUUAUAUCAAAUUCCUAUGUCAUUUGCGGCAGUGUCACUCACAUAUGGAGGAAAUUGUCUAUUUCCAUCCAUUGAAGGGAAUAUGCGAAGGCCUAAGGAUUGGAAUAAAGUGGUAACUGCCGCUUUAAUUACUUGUACGAUUAUGUAUUUGAUUGUAGCAUUUUCUGGGUAUUAUGUGUUUGGUGAUUGCAAGAUUAUCCGUACAACUCAACAUGAAGGUCCAAUUCUGACAAUAGCCACCAUAUUUAUUACAAUUGACAUACUCCUUACUGCACCAAUUCUUUUAACAUCAUUUGCGUCAGAAGCUGAAGAAUUUUUAAACAUUACUUCUGAACAUUAUUCUGUUAUUUCUGAAUUUAUAUUAAGAGUUAUAUUUCGCUCAAGUAUUGUCAUUGGAUGUGCAAUUGUCGCCAUUUUUAUGCCACUUCUUGGAGAUUUUAUGGCAUUACUUGGAGCAUUAGCGAUGUAUUGUCUUGUAUUUAUCUUUCCCGUGAUUUUUUAUAUAAAAUUAUUUGGAUGGAGUAAAUUAUCUAUUCUUGAUUUGAUUUGUAGUUUGAUUGUAGUGUUUAUAGGAUUUUCUGGAUACGUUAUUGCAGUUAUAGAUGCCAUAAGCUCGUUGAUAAAGGAUUUUCAGAGUAAAUGA